UAUGAAAACAGAUUACUUAAUGGUAACAGAUUUUCAAAUCAUUGCAAUCUUCAAACCAAUUGGUCUUGCACAAUUUCGCAUAAUGCUAGCUCAGCUAGUGCAGCAUUAAAUCCUUUUGGUAUAGCUUUUAAAAAAACAACAUAUACUUGGACGAAUGCUUUAUGUCAAAACGACAAUGACGGCGACGGCUUAACGAAUAGUAUCGCGCUUGGUGAUCCUAACUGCGUUUGGAAUAAGAAUCGCACACCUCAUCGAAUCGUUAAUAUUACUCAUCUAGGAAUUUGA